AUGGCCACAGAAGCCAAGUACAGCAUCAUUCGAGAAGUGGGGCGAGGGAACUAUGGGGUGGUUUAUGAGGCCAUUGUUAACCAAACUAGAAGUAAAGUAGCUGUGAAAAGGAUGCAGUGCAACGUGCCUGAAAACGUAGAGCUGGCUCUGCAAGAGUUCUGGGCCCUGCAGAGCAUCCAGAGGCAGCACGAAAACGUGAUCCAGUUGGAGGAGUGUAUCCUGCAGAACGGCCAAGUCUUCCAGCCCAUCAGCCGUCGGUACAGGAAGUCGAACAACCAUUUGCUGCUCAUUGAGACCUGCCUGAAGGGCCGGCGGUGCAUGGACCUGCAGUCGGCCUGCUUCCUCUAUUUUGUGAUGGAGUUCUGCGACGGGGGCAACAUGAACGAGUACCUGCUGUCACGCAGCCCCGACGCCCAGCUGAACAACAGCUUCAUGCGCCAGCUCAGCAGCGCCGUGGCUUUCCUCCACAGGAACCACAUCGUGCACAGAGACCUGAAAUCUGACAACAUCCUCAUUUCUCAUCACCAGGGAAGUCCCAUAGUAAAGGUGGCAGAUUUUGGCCUCAGCAAGGUGUGCCAGGGUAAAGGGAACGUGAACGAGCAUCGCUUCUCCUCUGCGUGUGGCUCCAACUUCUACAUGGCUCCAGAAGUGUGGGAAUGCCACUACACUGCAAAGGCUGACAUAUUUGCCCUUGGGGUCAUCUUCUGGGCUAUGGUUGAGAGGAUUACCUUCCGAGACGGGGACACUGGGAAGGAAUUGCUUGGAACUUACAUCCGCCAAGGCAAGGAGUUUAUUCCCCUCGGAGAAGCGUUGCUGGAGAACCCCACCAUGAAAUUACAGAUUCCUCUGAAGAACAAGGAGUCCAUGUCACCUGGUCUCUGCAAGCUCCUGCACGAUAUGCUGGCUUUUAACCCAAAGGAAAGGUUGGAUGCCUUCCAGCUGGAAGACCGCAUCAGGCAAAUCUCCUACGGCCAAAAGCGUCAGCGCUCUGUCUCAGAGAGAUGA